CGUCGCUUUGCUGUUUCCAUAGCGACGGCCAAAGAGGCCUUGUUUACAUCCGCGGUUUCUAUGGUGCCGUGCCUAGAGGAGACAGUUCUCCCGGCUGGAAGGAAAGGAAACAUGGCAGAACUGCUCCGGGCACUGCGGGGUGGACCAGGCACUCGGUCUCUUUCAUUGAAAGCGCGGGGGCUACAUCACUUGCCCCGGGGUGUGGGGAGUAUGAAAGGCCUUGAGAGACUGACGCUGCGGGACAACAGGCUGCGUCGGCUACCCCAAGACAUGCAGACUUUGAGCCGGUUGAAGGUACUAAAUUUGGGAAACAAUAAUUUUGAGGAAUUUCCAGAGCAGCUGAAAUACCUCACAUCUCUGGAGAACCUUCAUUUGUUUAGAAACAAGAUCACCAGAAUAUCACCCUUAGUAUUUGAUGGAUUGCAAAAUUUAGUACUCCUCAAUCUAAACAACAACCAGCUUAGCUAUCUCCCUCCUGAGAUACACAGGCUUGAAAACCUUGAAUGUGUGAGUUUAGACAAUAACCAACUGCAAAGAAUUCCCAAAGAGUUCUGCUGUCUCCGAAAGUUGCGUGAACUCCAUUUGUCCCACAAUUCCAUCACUGCACUCCCUGAAGAGAUUAAAUACCUGACAAAACUCAAGAUCUUGAUUUUGUCAAGAAAUCAAAUAGAAGAACUCCCUGAUGGACUUUGCAAAAUGAAGAGGCUUAGGGUUCUAGAUGUAGCAGGAAACAAUAUCCAGAUCUUUCCAACAGCAAUGGAAGAUCUUGAGCUGGAGGAACUUUAUUGUGAAAAUAAUCCACUGCUUCAGAAGCAUCCAGUUAGUGCUGUACAAGAGGAGGACAUUUUGACUCUUAAGGAACUAACAGCAAGAUUUAUUCUUGAUCAGCUAGAAAACAAAAACUUUUCUUUACACAGAGCAAUAAAGCAGAACUUAGAAGCACAGAAUAUGCUUUCCCAUAAACGAGAAUGUGCUCAAUGUGGACAUGGCUUUCUGGGUAUGUGGCUAGAAUGUGUACAAUUUGUGGAUGUAAAACAGAAGCGAAUGAAGACUAGUAGAAACUUAGAGCUCUUACCUGUCCGGGUACUUCUGUGCUCAUAUAAGUGCUUCAACCACCGUGACCAUGAACUCUUUGGAAUUGCUAUACCCUAGAACAAGCAAUGCAUUCAGGAUCUCAACCAGCCGGCAAGUUGCGACUAUUAUGACAUUUUAAAGAACUGAAACGGAACACAGCAUCGUCAAGUUAAAAUACACAGUUGUGUUGAAACAGUGGUGGAAGAGAAGUGAUCUAAUGGAGGGCAGGAAUUAUUUCCUACAGCGGUGCAGGGUUGGUGGUGUGUUUUGGCAGACUUGACUCUGCUUCUGAAAAUAGAUGAAGUUUAAUGACAUUGUUUAACAGUGAGGUAAAAGUUUUAUAAUGUAAACUGUAACUAACCUACGUUACUGUGGUUUCUUUGGCUUCUCUGUUACGAUCCAUGCACCUUGAUCAGAAAUUCUGUGAAGUGUUCCCUCUCCCCGAAGAUUUAGGGUCAGACUUUAAAACUGCAAACGAAUCCUUUAGUGUGUGUCCAGUGAUUACGUAGUGCUUGAUUUCCAUGAUAAACCCUGUUUUGUAUAAGUUUAUAACUUGGCUUUAACAUUUGGCAUGCAGAAUUUUCAACACAGGUUGGAACAUUUUAAAAAAGAAAUAGAAUUGGUACAUAUUAAGAAGCAUUUCUUUGUUCAUAGGAGCUUUGAUUAUAAAAAGGCUGUGUAUCCUGGCAACCUUUGGAAAAAACAUUCCUUAGGGAAGCAAGGAGCUUGAUAGGACAUUUGUAUGCUUGCUUGCUUUUCUAUUUUUUGCUACGGUUCCCUUUUUUAUUUCUUUGGAUGUUUUAUCUUAAAUGUUUCAAUGCUGCAAUUCCUUCUAAUUUACAAGUUGCAUUCUCCUCUCAUAUAACUAAUUACAGUGCUACAGAAAACAGGGCUAUUUCUUAAACUUGAUCCUCAAUUUAACGAUUGAUGUUAGUGUUUACAUAUAGAGACCAUCCAAGUUCUAAUCUAAAUAAUAACAAAAAAGAUGUAUUUCAAUUUGGAAUAAUAAGUAGAACCAUGUGCUUGUCUAAAUUGCAGUUAUUCUAUAUGCAAGAACUGCUUCUAUGUAGCAGAAUGAUUCAGAAAUCAAGCACAGCAUUGAGAUACUAUAAUGAAACCGGUGUCCAUAUUCAGGACAACAUUUUGCAUUUCAAGUGAAAACCUUUGACACACCACCUAUUUUCAAGAACAUUGUAAAAAUGUGAUAUAGCUCUUGAAGAUUGAGGAAUCAGAAUGAAAGGUGAUGUCAGACUUCAGAACAUCUUUCAGUGUUUCAAGUACAAGCCCCACCUUGUAUUCUACACCAAUUUACAGGGACGAAUUGAAAAAUGUAUUACACUCAGAUUGCGAAAUGGGGCCUGCCAAAUAUUGUUCUUCACUAGUACAUUAUGAUUGUCGGAGAGUGUCGAAAUGCUGCGCUGCGGAACGGAGAGUUUUGAGCGAGCUUGUGUGUGUGUGUUUGAAUCUUUGCUAAGAUUCUACCUUCCCUGCAAAUUAGUCAGACGGAGACUUUAAGCUUUAAAAUAAGAAACAACUACUUUGUUCUGGAAGUACAUGCUUGAUAGGAAAGAGUCCUUACAUCUAGCUAACUAGCUAUGAUGGAGCAGCCUGCACUGGUCCCAGAGCAGCCCUCAUGCUGGUUGAGAGGAGAGACAAAGGAAAAAUGUCUGCUCCCCUCUUGAGAAAGAAGAAAGACUGUGGGAAGGUGGGAAGGAACUGAGAUCAACAUUCCUUGCAUAUCAGUAAAGCAGGAAGGAAGAGACAGCAGUAUAUCAAAGGACAGGUGUAGCCUAGCAACCAAGAGGUCUCUUCUCUAGCUACGCCUUUAGCCCCAUGCAGCCUCAACCCACAAGUUGGAGUUGAACCUCAUACAUUCCAACAGUGAUUUCAAAACGUACACAUUUCUGAAGUGCUAGUUAUAUAGAAAGAGCACUUCUUAGGCAACAUAUUUUAGCUUACAAUUAUGGGCAAGAAUAAAGACCUUGUUUAAUAUUUGUUGAUACAUGGUAUUAUCUAGAAAUGCAUCUGAUAUUUGCUUUUUCUCUGCACAGUUGUAGUAAACAAAAGGAUUCCAAAAAGUCUGUUAAUUCAACUAUCAAACAAAAACUUAGCCUUAGAAAAAGUCAUGUGACCAAAAAGGCAGAUUUAUACCAAAGACCAUGGCUAACAUAAAGUUUGCUGUAUUUAUGUCCUGUUGAAAUCAGUAGUUAUAAUUCAUUUAUCCCACUGAUUACAACAUGGCUCAAGCACAGCUAUAUCUGGAUUGGCGCUUUUAGGUAUUAUUUCUUUCAUGUGCUACACAGGUAUUCCGUGGGUUCUGUAUAUUGAUGCAAUGAUAUGAUACCUCUGUGUUGUUGGCUUAUAUGAAUAGGCAGUAUUUAAUAUUUAACAGCAUCCCACACCCCUGAAAAAUAACACUAACUUUUUGGGGGUGGGGAUGACAUUUUCUUAAGCUAAAUUCCAUUGUAUCUUGGGGUAUUAAAAUGGCCCAAAAGAAAGACGUGUGUAUUCUGUCCAAAGAAGGGCACUUACAUCUGCUUCCCUAGAUCAGUUAUUGUCUGAAAAAAUGGAACAUUAUUAUUCCAAUAUAUCAACAUUGGCUGGGAUAAAAAAAUCACCAAAGGCUUUUUUUUGGUUUUGAAACAGAAAAUUCUUGGUAGGCUCUUAAACAUGUAUCACGUGAUCAGUUUUUCUUGGAUUAUUAUUAUUAUUUUUUUACCUCAACACGUUACAUUAAAAAGCA